UCUAUCGUGGGGUUGUCCCAAAUAAUAUUACCACAUCCAUCAUGUGGUCCCUAACGGCAUCGUCGCGGCCAUACGGCGGCGUAUUCUCUACUUGUAUCGCUUCAUGCGGCAAAGCAAUGCGCGCUUGGCCGCCCGCAGUUGGUUCUGCACCUGGCACCGCGGACACGGUCCUCCCUUCCGGUGUCGGUGCUUCGUGCCUUCCACCUUGCAUUCCGUGGCUUCGAUCUUGAGCUUGAGCUCUCGGAGGUCCUGCGGCAUGUUGCCAAAGUCGGGGAGCGGCAGGCACUCCUGCUUCGGUCGCACGAUGCGGCUCAUGCUGGCCGUGAUGGAGUUCCCAAGGUCCAAAAUGUCCUGGUCCACCACCAUCAUGUCGUACGAGUCGUCGUCGUCGUCCUCGGAAGAGAUGCCAUACGACAAACUUGACAGCGCACCGCCGGCCACACCGACAUUAGUACUACCCGUCCCCAACGACAGCAACGUGUGUUUGCGUUUGUGUUGGUCGGGGAGGCCAUUAGCCUUCAUCUUCGACUGAGUGGGCAACUGCUUUCGCGCAGGAUGCAACAACGAGUCAAUCUUCUUGUCCUUGGCGGCAUUGGGCUGGAUGAUCCCGACACGGAGGUGCUGCACGUCCCGCGCUUUGCUCAUCGUCGGCGUCUGGCUCGACAACUGCAUCAUGGAGGACGUGGACGUAGGAACGUGGAUCACACCAAGGGACGGCGGUGGCAGCAGGAUGGGAUCGGCCACCGACGUCGGUCGAAUGGUAAAGUCGUCUUCGUCCAAGUCCAAGUCCAAGUUUACGCCAUCAAACGACGACGCAAUCUUCGUCGGGCUGAAGUUGAUCAGCUUCACGUUGUUUUUGUACGGCACAUGCAGCUUUCGCUUCUUCAGGCAAGACGCCAAAAUGUGAUUCACCAUGCGGGUGGAGGAAUCGGCCACGUCGUGUCGCGGCGGCGGGGUCACAGGCAUCGGCGGUCUUGCGCUGCCUUCUUCAUCUUUCUUCGUUGCUACGCAAGUUGCUGGCCACUGACCAAGGAAUCGGUUCGACUUGUCGCAAAUGGCGCGAUGGUCGAUCGAAUCCAGCAACCCUUGUUCGUCGACUUCGCCCCACCACACGCCAGUAUCAUCUUCAACAGCAAAAACAUCGUUGUCAUGGAUUGCCGAGGAAUUGACAAACUCAUCGGGUUCUGAAGAGUCCAAGAGACUGCCGCUGCCAAAUCCUGUCAUGUCGAGGUCGUCGUCGCAUAGGAGCGAUGGGCCAAGGCACGUGGCAAACGCAUGUUCGUCGUCUUCACACAGCGACAAGUGGACAUGUUGCAACACAUCUUCAAAGCCAUGAUUCAGCUGCGGCGGAUUCACCACUACAGCUACCGCCAUAUCCUCAACAGCGUUGAUCGUGGCAAGGUCUCCAUCGUCACUGUUCGUCCAGAAUGUGUCAUCCACGUCGUAGUAGCAAAUGUUGUCGUCUGCGUCCUGGAGCGACUUGACGCGCUCAAUGAUCUCGGUGGCAUCGCAUGAAUCGGACGAGAAAUCGUCCAUGAUGCGGAGGAACUCGGACCGGUACGUUGUCGCGGUCAUCUCUUCAAAUGAGUUUUGUUUUCGAAAUUAC